AAGUAGAUGGGCAAAGUUUUGGAAGCUCAUAUAACUUGUGAUCACAUCGUUUACCAGUCAUUUACAAACUUCACCUUCAUCAACAAUCAAUACACUUGCUCUCAAAAGAGUUUUAUUUGAAGAAAAAUAUUUAUUUACAACAAAUAAUAAGAUGGGAUACUGGAAAUCAACUGUGGUGCCAAAGUUCAAGAAGUUGUUCGAGAAGAACAGCGUUAAGAAGUCCGCCGCGGCUGAAGCUUGCAAGGCCUUCGACGAAGCUAAGCCGGAUUACAGCAAAGAGUUUGAAGAGAAGAAGGCGGAACUUGAAGCUAAAGUUCUUGAAAUCUAUGAAGCUGCUUCUGCUGAAAUUAAGGCAGCGGUCAAGGAACGUAAAGAGGGCCUCUUGAAGAAGGUGUCUACCGGAGUCGAGAAGUUCCUCGAGGAACUUUCUAAAAUAGAAUUUCCGGGUUCAAAACCAGCUCAUGAAGCAUGCUGCAAGUACGGAGCAACCUAUGUCGAGGGACCUAUAUUUUUUGUUUUCGAGAAGGUGUCAACAUUUAUAGUCGUGGUUGAAGAGAAAACCGAAGAAGUUGUACCACCGGCAGCAGAGCCAGAAGUAGCCGCGACCCCAGUUGAAGAAUCGAGUAGCAAAGAAAAGGAAAUCGUCAUUGAGGAAGUGAAGAAAGAAGAGGUCGUGACGCCAGUUGUGGCCGAGGUUGAGAAAACACCCGAACCAGAGGCACCUAAGGCCGAGGAGCCAGCCGUAGCCGAGCCACCAAAGGCUUGUUGAUCAAGCUAGGUGAAUGUGUGGUGUGUGGUAUAAAUCAAAGUAAUUAAAGGAGUUUUGUAAACAAAACUUACAUGGACACAUUUGUUAUUCUUUCUUUUCUAUUUAUUUGGGGUGGAGUGGGUUGCCCACCCUUUUGUAAUACAUUGAAAAUGUGAUGUUGGUUGUAUUUUGGUUUCUACUUUCUUGUAUAUUAAUGUCGUAAUCUGUAUGAUAUUUAAAGUUUAUAAAAGUUACAUUUAAAUUCUUUUGUUUUCA